AUCAUGCGCAGCUUAUCGUCUACAGAACCACGUGAGCUUGUCCUUUAAGUUUCCGAGACCUUAGGGGUUUGACUGAGGGGGUCUGGUCCCCUCAAAAUCAACCAUCUAGAACUUCAUUAACAGUUGCACCAUUGCCAGACACAGCCCCACUUUUUAAAUCACCAUGGGGAAGAGCAUGCGGAGUAAACGGAAGCAGAAGCUGAAGCGCGAGAGAAAGGAGAAGUUCAAAGUGAAGGAAGUCAAGAGGCUGAAGGACAUGCUGCGCGCGGCGGGAGAGGACGUGGACGGCACCACCGAGGCAGUGAUGACCGACGCCGAAACCUUGAAGGCCCGGAAGGCGGCCAGCCGGCCGGCGCCGCUGGCCGACGGCGAGGAGGCCAUGGAGGUGACCAAGGCGAAGCCCCAGUUCCAUCCGGUCACGCUGCGGAACGAGCACGGCAACUACCCCGUCUGGAUGAACCGGCGACAAAUCAAGCGGCACAAGAAGCUCACCUCCAAAAACGCAGCCGAGGGCUACACCAAGGGCAAGAAGCGGAAGAAGUUGUAGGAGUGUUCUGUUCCUUUUGAAUGUGACCCGCUGCUUUUGAUGCUGGAUAGGGACAGAGUUGUUGGUUUCAUAGGACCAUUUACAGUUGUUUUUCCAGUCCGCUGGGGGAUGCUCUUCUCACCAUGUCAUGCCAUUCGUGGAGGAUGUUGGACAAAUACAACCCGCAGGUCCCA